UCUUUUGUCAUAACCCUAACAUAACAAGUUGAUUCUUUGAAAAACUUCAGUUGUGAAGAAAACACGUAAGAGACCAAAAGUCAUCUGUUGAUAGUUGAUUUUUUAUUCAGUUUCGUGACUUAGCGGAUAUUUUUUUUUUAAUAUUAUUAUAAAUAAUUUGAACUUAUUUCUUUUAUAAAUCUUUUUAACUUUUCAUUCGUUCGUUAAAGUUUUACAAUAAUGGCACUGUCAAAGCCUUCGGAGUUUCUUUUUGAUUUAGUUGUUUCUUACAUGAAUAAUUUGUAUACAAGUCCUUUGAAAACAAAAGCAAUUACAAGUUGCACACUGGCAGUUUUUGGAAAUUAUAUUUCACAGAAAAUUCAAGGAAUACAGGAAGUGGAUGGUGAUAGUUUAGUGGCUUUUGGUUUAUUUGGUUUAUUAUUUGGUGGACCAGUGCCGCACUUUUUCUAUAAAUACAUUUAUCGUUUUACUAAAAAUCCUAUUGCUGUUUUGGCAAUUGAAAGGUUGUUGUAUACACCUCUCUUCCAAGCUCUCUCGUUAUAUAUGAUAAGUAGAUUUGAGGGGAAACUUCACGAAGAAAGUGUACGCCAUACUAAAUUACUUUAUUUACCUAUUUUGAUGGCAAAUUGGAAGUAUUUAACUAUUUUGCAUUUCAUUAAUAUACGUUAUGUUCCUCCAAUGUUGAAAACCUUGAUGGUUAAUAUGAUAGGAUUGAUAUGGGUAAUUUAUUUAGCAAAACAGCGUGCAAGCAAAAAUAAUAAAAGACGGCAAGUUUAAUUCAUGGAAUUUGCUGAAUAUAUUUUUCCUUUAAAUACCAUUAAAGGAACAUUGAAAUUUACAUUCCACAAUUGAUCAAUAUUCUUAUUGAUGUUAUUUUUUUAAAGAAGUAUGUAUACAUAAUUGUUGCCUAUAAUUAAAUAUAGUUAAUAAUAAAUUUUAUAUAUAUAUAUAUAUUAAGCAUUUGAAUUUAAAUCACACAACAACAAUACAGAGUAUAUUACAGGUUUUUUUUUUCAUUUUAUAUUCUGGACUGCG